AAGUAGAAAGCUAAUUUAAAAGAUGAACUUCAAAAGCCUCUCUCUAUUUUCAAUCUCUUUUAUUGCUCUCUGCUUCACGGUGGCCAGUGCUGCCAGUUUCAACAUUCGAAACAACUGUCCUUACAAGGUUUGGGCAGCAGCCGUUCCUGGUGGUGGCAGAGAGCUGAGCAGAGGCGGAGUUUGGAAUCUAAAUGUGAAUCCUGGCACUACAGGAGCCCGUAUCUGGGGUCGAACCAAUUGCCAAUUCGACAGAGCCGGACGAGGCAGAUGCCAAACCGGUGACUGUGGGGGCCUACUUCAGUGCAAAGCCUAUGGUGCACCCCCAAACACCUUGGCUGAAUUCGCAUUAAACCAGUUCAACAACUUGGAUUUCUUUGAUAUCUCUCUGGUUGAUGGAUUUAAUGUUCCCAUGGAAUUUAGCCCAACAUCUGGCGGGUGCAGCAGGGGCAUUCGAUGCACAGCUGAUAUCACAGGUCAAUGCCCUAAUGAGUUGAAAGCCCCAGGUGGGUGCAAUAACCCUUGCACUGUCUACAAAACAGAUCAAUAUUGUUGCAAUUCAGGGAAUUGUAGCCCAACGAAUUUGUCCAAGUUCUUCAAGGCAAGAUGCCCCGAUGCUUACAGUUACCCUAAAGAUGAUCAAACAAGCACAUUUACUUGCCCUGGUGGGACCAAUUACAGGGUUGUGUUCUGCCCUUGA